AUGAAAGGAACCUCGAUUUUUCAGUUCAAAUCCUGGCCGAAGAUUCACCAGCCGCUCCCACGGACGCCCCGGGAGUCUGAGCAGCUGCUGAAUGCCCUCACCUCAUCGUUUCGCCGUCAGUUGGACCGCGCAUACCCGGUAGCAAACAACAGCCCAGGAGCCAUCCAGGAGAGCGAUCGACAGCCUGUUAAUGCCGACUCCUCUGUUCACGCGACCGAUCAGCAUCUACACAACAUCCUAGAUAACCCUUUGUUCCGCAUUGUCCCGCCCAAGGCCGCGGGCACGGCUCACGACCAUCACUUCCUUCAAAGUUUGGAUGAACAACGACGUCUGGCAAAGGAGCCUAUGAUAGUUCUGGACGAACUUAUGGCUUCCGGGUCUGCAACGGCAGUCACUAUCAUUGGAUGUUUGAAAGCACAGCUUCUUCUCGCUAGGUCUACGAGGCAUAUGAAGGAAUCUCGAGCAGGCUCCAGAGUGCAGCAUUGGUAUUGGUCCUCCGACGGGGCUUCUAGGCAAAUGCUUCUGCAGUCUCGAGCUUCAAUUGCUUCCUUGGCCAAGUUCAUGGUUGCCGAAGGACUGCAGGGUACCAUGUUAGAAUGGCUCAGAAUGGCGAUGAGUCAGGACCUCGGUGGAUACAAUGGCCGUUUGACGGAUGGACAAUCGCGACAAAUUGUCAGCCAGCUCCUUGUUGGCUUCAUGGAUGCUGAGAUUCGGUACGGAGCUGGACUCGCCUCAGCCAUGCGGUUUUACCUGCGUGUUUGCCAGAUGCAUUUCUCCACGAACCCCACUGAUGGUGCAAUCCGGGGUAAGCCAAUGUUGCUUGCGGCCGGUGCUCACCUGAGCCGUGCAGCCAUGGAUCAAAAACCCUCAAUUGAGCAGGUCUCUGAUUAUCUCUAUGACGAGUUCUCCGAGGUGAUCUCUACGCUCUCUUCCUCUCGAUCGCUAUUGUUUGCCUCUGUGGCACUCUGUCACCCUGGACAACCCAAUCCCCAGCCAUAUAUCCGCUUUGUGGAUACGCUUUCGCCUGCCAAAUUUCAGGGCUGGAGUGAGACUCGGCGGGAUGCUUUUCUCCGGAUCGGUUGUGACGCCCUCCGCCUUCUGAUCGAGCGGAAGAAAAUUCGAGAGGCUUCCGGUCUCGCCCAGCAGAUCCAGCAGGUUCUUCCUGAGAAAACAGCUACUGCUUCCGCUGAAGCGACUCGCGCGCGUGCUUCGGCUGAGGAAGAAUACCUCCUUAGCCGCUUGGAUUUGAAUCUAACCUGA